AAAUUAAUCACCUUUGCAUUUCUGUUUCUAUUGCCUCAGUUUUAAUAGCAAAUUUUAUAGUUCCACCAUUUUCUCAACUAAUUCCAUUAAAAUGUUUUCGACAAUUGCUGUGCUUUCUAACCAAACAAAGCCUCAUCGCCGGGAAAUCUCCGCCCUGCCGGAGAGCGAGGUGCUCAGGAGAAGAAAUGAGGAGUUAGAGAAAGAAUUGAAAAGGAGCAUUGAGAGGGAAGAGAAAAUGAAGCAGGAAUUGCAGAAAACAUGGGAAAGGCUGAGGGUGGCGGAGGAGGCUGAGGAGCGACUUUGCUCUCAGCUUGGUGAACUGGAGGCCGAGGCUGUUGAUCAGGCUCGGACCUACAGGACACGUGUCAUCCAUCUGAUGGAUCAACUCUCUUUGGCCCAAAAACUUCUGGAAUCAGCUUCCAUUACCGUCCCCAAUUCCCAAUGAUUGUAGGGGAAAUUGGCAGAGUAUGCCUGUAACUUUAUCCACCGAAAGCAUUGGCCGUUGCUUUUCAGUUUUCUGGUGUGCGGGUGUUUAAUUUAUUCAUCACUGAUUUGUUUUUUAUUUUCCGAUUGACAUAGAUAGCCCUUUAUUUCAUUCAUUUGAGGUUUGAUAUAUGGCUGUUGUGUAUUGUUUUGGCGGCCGGUUUUAUUGUGAGGUUUUUUUUUUUUUGGCUCCAUGUAAAUGACGAGAUGUAAGAUUAGGAACUCAGAAUUAUGGUGUAUAUUGACCAUUUUUAUCUUCUUUCUUUUUCGAGGUGUAAUGGUGAUUAUUUGUGCUCAUUUGGAUUA